AUGGAGACAGUUAUCUUGAAGUCGUUUGUGUCCUUGCUUUCGAACAUAAUAUUUGCUGCCGAGAUAGGGUUAGUUGUAUUGGGGAUAGUCCAUCCUUGCUUGCACGGAUUAGUCGCUUUAGUAUUCCUGGUUUUUAUACAGAGGGGAAUGUUCCACAGGGUUAUUGGUGUCUUCCUGAUUAUUAUAUACCUAAAGCUGUUUCUUGGGUCAUCAUUUGAGCUUUCGACCCCUUCCAAAAUAUGCAGCCCCGAUCUUUCUGGCGAAAUUGACUGCCAAGAGAGAGAUGAAUCCAGUUCGUCUAGUGAUCAUCUCAUCAAUGACGAUGGGAGGACAUCUUCCAGCAAAACAAGAAUGUGCAGGGACACAGAGACAUGUAAUGGCCAUUUUACAGAAGAGCCUACACGUCUUUUGGAUAGAAACAGCACGCGUUGCCGCUUCUGCUCAGGAGUUUUCUCCCUGGGAGAAUAA